AUGGACUUUUCUAAAACCACAGGAAGGAAACAGCAAGAAAUUACACGAAGGCGCAGAGAUAACGCUAACAGCGACACUGGCAAUAACGAGGCCACGACAAUUGAAAUGUCUACAGGCCAGCAGGGAAAUAGUAAUUCAAAUAGUACUUCCUGCCGAUUCGAUAACUCAUUAACAAAGUUAACGAAAGAUUUUUGGGAUCUUCUGGACCAAUCCAGCGACGGCGACUUAGACCUGAACACAGCAGCCGAGAAUCUAAACGUUCAAAAACGUCGCAUUUACGACAUUACUAAUGUCUUGGAGGGAAUCGGAAUGCUCGAGAAGAACUCGAAAAAUCACGUGAAACGAAGUGUACCUAAACUUACGAGCAAUCAUGAAGAUAAUUAUGCACGAAGAAUCUCUCAGUUAAGAGAACGACUCGCAAAUCUGGAGUCAGAAAGUUGUCAGUUACAGAAACAAGAUAUAAAACUUGACGCAGAAAUUAAAAGUUUUUACGAAUCUGAUGAUGCAAAAUUGGCAUAUUUCCACCAAAAUGAAAUCGAGGAAGUAUUUCUAGGUGUGCUCAUAGCAGUUAGAACUUUCUAUCCUGCGUCUGAAUUGAUUGAGUCCCAAGAAAUUAUUCGUUUCGAGUCCAAUAAUAACAAUAUGCAUCACCCAAGUCCGCCACUCAAUACGCGUGACAGGGGAACUUUACCCAAUUUCUCGGUUGUAUUACCACCUCCAUUUUCCAAUCAUCAACCAAUGACCACAUCGACUCCGCCCGAAGAAAACGAUUAUAGACACAUGAACAGCAAUGAUCAUCAUCAAUAUUCUUCGUUUAAUAAUCAUUACACGAAUUGUGAAUGCAGCGUCGGCAAUCCGAUUAUAACACGUGAUCCGAAUCAAGGGAUGAGAGAAGGCGGAUAUCGUUCUUGA